AUGGUCGGAGGUCGUGAUGGUGGCCGUCGUGGUGGAAGACAAGGGGGACGAGGACCUGGUAACCGUGAUAAGCGUAACCAGGGUGGUGGUCGAGGACGGGGUCGAGACAACAGCCGAAGUGGUGGGCGAGGCCGUGGUCGUGGAUCGGAUCCACCACCACGGCCGUCCACUGGAUCCCAAGGAGGGAGAUCGGGAGGUGCUCGCGCCGCACGAUUUCAACUUCCGUCCAAUCCGUCGAACCUCCAGUUCAUUCGCUCGGUGUUGAAGAACUGUCCGAAUCAUAAGUUGAAGGCGACAAUCGAGCAAAUGGACAAGUCCUGGCUUAGUUGUUGGCAAAGUGUGGAGAGUCUUCCUCUGGAUGCACUGAAGAUACUGCUGUCGGCAAUAUCAAGACUGCCGUUUUCAGCUUCAAUCGCACCACCUCCUCUCCCUGCUAUCAGCAAGGCGGUGAGUACGUUACUGAGCCAAACGACGCAGGAUGGAGGGGACGAUGAAGCAUUGGAUGGCAACGACGGAACUCUCGAGGGCGUUGAACUGGUUGAACGGGUCAUCAGGGGCUUGCUGAAGUUCACGUGGGAUCUGAAGAGAGACGACGUUAAAGAGGCUCUGGACGAGAUGAUUGCAGAGGCAGACACGAGUUUGAACGUCCGACUGAAAACCCAUCGUCCAGCACGCGAUCGACUAACAAUUUUACUUAACGAGAUUGAUAAAUCGUGGAGUAUUAAGGUGAAGAAACGGGAGGCAACGGAGACAGAGCAAGGAGUGGCUGCACCCGAUUGGCGCCAUCCGACGGUGACGUGGCUAGCAGACUACAAGAAUUUCCAGCCGGCGCUGCUUCCAAAACUGCAGCUUCCUCGUAGUAAUGAAGGACGAGUGUACGACAGCAGUGACGAGUAUUUCCGGACAGUCGUGGAACUGUGGAUCGGCAUGCCGUUCGUUGAAGGGAACAACGCGUUGUUGCCACACUGCACCGUGAAAACGGGGGACAAAGUCUGUGAUCAACCACUGUGGCCGUUCCCGGAGAAGAAGUCGUCGAUUCAUUGCAGAAACUCACAGUGUGAUCGGUUCGCGACCUUCGUCUGUGCUCACAGACUACACACCAAAGGGUAUUGCAGUAAAUGUGCGGGUGAAUACCAGCAGCGCCUUCGUGGACCACCGUCCAAGUAUGCUUCGACACACAUCUAUGAUGGAUUCAUUGCCAACGUUAAGUACGACGGAACAAUGUCGAUCGAGCAGGUGGCUUCACGUCGCCCACCGCUGAAGCCCAUUCACUGGAGGACGACGAAGCGGCUGUCUAGUCCCAACUUGAUUGGAAUCGUGAGACUUGCCAACCGUGAGGCUUCACUCAGAGCCACGGACGAGAUUUACUGGGCUGAAAUUAUCUUCCAAGGCAAGAGUUUUGAUGAAUACAAGGCUCGCGAACGAGGGCGUCUAACGUUGCGUCUACUCCAGUAUCUCGAUGAACCGGGUAAUGCCUUGCAGACUCACAAUCCUGCUGUCGGAGAUGCAGUAGCAAUUAUCGAUUGCCAGACGUUCGUUCCAGAGUUCAUUCCAGUGUUGAAAGCGCUGGAGAAGCAACGUCAGAUGCCCGUGCCAUUCCAGAACGGUGCUUUACUCAACCUGUGCCGCCAUGUGAGCUUUGGACCAAGCUUCGACUCACGAGCAGCUCAUGAUGACAGCGAUAGUGACGACGCUGAUUCCAUUAUGGAAAUUGCUGCUCUAUCGACGCGCGUAUUGAUCCGGGAGGUUAUUCAACUGUCACUACUGGAUCCUAUCAUUGAUAUCCGCCGAGAUGGAGCACUACGCAGCCGGUUGGAGAGCUCAUUGCUGUUACUGGUGCAAAACGCGACCCUCGAUCCCGGUCAGCUGAGGAGCUUUGCAGAGGCGUUGAUGUACCCCGUGCAUUGUACUCAAGGUCCACCCGGUACUGGCAAGUCUUACUUGGGUGUCAUCGUUGUGCGCGCUUUGCUCAUCAUUCGUGACUUGUGGAAGCUCAAGAACCGCGAAAUUGGGGAUCCUCCUAUUCUAGUUCUGUCGUACAAGAACCACGCGAUUGACGAGUUUCUGCUGGAUCUGCUGCGAUCGGAGCCUACGCUGGACCAUACCUCGAAACGCGGCGUUUACUUUGGGAAAUAUUACCUCAAUAACGGCUUCAAGAAGCUCGUCAGAAUUGGUGGAGGAUGUAGUGAACCAGAACUGGAGCCGUAUCGUGAACGCAAUGUUGCCUUCUCCGAUCCCAGUGUUCGCGGGGUCUCCAAACGGAUCGAGGAUUGCCAAGACCUACGCGACCAGUGGCACAAGUUCAGUGACUGCUUUACGCCCAUUCAUGAGGCACAGACAAUUGUCGCUAGCGGCACAGAAUCGUUAAGUCCUGAGGAAUGGAAAACUGUCCAAGGUGGAGUUCCAGCUGUGUCAUCAGCAGUGGCGAUGUUGCUGAAGCUGACGGAAAGUAUGAACGUAGACAUCAACGGCAAGGCGUUGGAUAUCGAAGACACCGAAGAAAAGUUUAACGAGAGUGGUGGUGAGAGUCAUGACAUUGUGAGCGUGGCGCCAGCCAUCACUGAACAUCAUUCUUUGAUUGAGAUCGUGCAACGAAUGAUGGUGGCGAAACCGAUGUUGUCUAAUGCUGAUAUUGCAGUAUUGCACGAGGGUAUCAAGCACUAUGACCCUGCCAUUGAUCCCAUGGAAGUGUUGUACCAGUGGAUUUCAGGGUUUUGUCCGCUCCCCGCGUGCACGUACUCCGAAUCGUGCUUAAACGUGAGUUUUGAGGCGAGCAAAUACUGUCGAGAGCAUUCAUGCAAGUUCACACAAGACGGCGAACAUUUCUGCCUCGACGCAGUUGUUCAGAAACGGUUGUUUUGUGAACGCCACUUGUGUUCAGCUGAAAAAUGCAAGAAUUGCCGGAUAAAUGACGUCCAACUAUUUUGCGAAGAGCACGCUUGCUUCGUGUGCUUGGCUCGAGACGAGAAGGCUGGCGUUGCUGUAGAGGAGCCACCUCGGAACGCGUGCGACCGGCAUACACUUUGUUGGGGUCUUGAUGGAAUGUGCGCCGAAGUUGCGGAGCCCAACUCUUCUUACUGCAAGAUACACGCCGAAGAUCUGUAUUGCAAGUGGAUACUGAAACAAGGCGAAUCAUGCAGCGAGAUUGCCACAACAGGAGAGUAUUGUGGCAGCCAUCACACCGAAGCGAUAACGUUAUCUGAACGCAUGGCUCAAGCAAGUACUGACAACUGUAUGGCAAAAACGAGAAAGGGGAAGCCAUGCAAAGGAAAGCCUUUAUCGGGGUCCAAUUUCUGCAGAGAUCACGUAGGGCGUAGCAACCUACCAGUAGUCCCAGGAGACUUGCCUGUUUUGAAGUCUCGUGAAUUGUUGUUGCCGAAGGCCGAUGUCCAAGAGAAGACGGAAGAGGAGACUGAAGCCCUUCCAACAACGGAUGCAUCUCUGGAAUGCCUACCUCUUCAGCCAUCCGAGCUUGAUCAACCUAGCGUGGAGGAAGCCACAACAAUUGACACAACAGCGAGGAGUGACGAUUUGUGGAGUUUAGAUAGCGACGAGGACGUGGGCGAUUUUGUGGACGCUGUCCAAUACGACAACGAGGACGAAGUGGAGGAGUCCGAGCACUUGCAGCAUAUGCGCGACGUUUUUGAAGUCGAAGACGAAGACGUUGAAGAAGAGAUCGACGUCGAGGAGUUGGUGGAGGAAGAGAAGGCUCCGUGGACAUCUUCGGAUCAGUUGAUUCGGCCCCAUGAAUGGCAUUGGGAUAUGACACUCGAGGAGCGGUGGAACGCUCUCUUUUCCGUUUUGAACUUGUGGGGUGAUCUUAACACGCGCUUGCAACAUGCAUUCGUCAAGCAGCUCGAAGAUCUGAAAGUGGAAUUGCAGCGCGAGAUCCUUCGUGCGAAUUCUCGUGUUUACGAGGGCAAAUCUGUGAUUGGAGGAACGAUCACGGGCUGCGUGUCUCGCCUUGAAGCCAUUCGAACGACUAACCCCUUUGCAAUUUUGGUUGAAGAAGCUUCAGAAGUGAUGGAACCACUUCUAGUGUCAUGCUUCAGCUCAUCUACUCGGAAGCUGGAGAUGAUCGGAGACCACAUGCAGCUUCAACCUUCAGUUAUGGGCAAGAUCGACUUUGAACGAGUCAACAAGAUCAACAUAUCGAUGUUUGAACGAUUGAUUAGUGCACCACGAGGUAAUGAAGUCCCGUCUUCAGUUCUGUCAAUCCAGCGUCGAAUGCGCAAGAAUAUCUGCGAUCUUACUCGCAGUUUUUACGACGAGAUCACGACGAUUGAAGACCAUGAAGUCUGUUCAACGAAAACCAUUGGAGGUGCCAAGAGGAGUCAGGGAAUGGUACCGCUGCUGGAUGCCUGUGAAGGUGGAGGACGAGAAGUACCUGGUGUAUCUCCACAUGUUUUCUUUUGGACGCACUCGGGUAGACAGGAGCGAGCGUCGGUCGGCCUGUCCCGAGUGAACCAACAGGAGGCGAAGAUGACGUGCAAGUUGGUCCAGUAUCUCGUCCAUUGUGGUGUGCCUGCUCAGUCCAUUGCUGUGCUCACUCCGUACAAGGGUCAGUUGAUGCUGAUGCGGAAGAUGCUGAUGGAUAUGUAUGGUCUCAAAAUGAUGACAAAGGGACAAGAUCCGCGACCUGUUCCUUCGUGUUUCUUGUCGACUGUAGACCGUUUCCAAGGCGAUGAAGCGGAUAUCGUGAUAAUUUCGCUGGUGAUUGACGGCAAGUCUCGCACGCCGUUCGUGAAGCUCCAGAACCGCAUGAUCGUCUUGCUGAGUCGCGCACGUUUGGGCAUGUACGUCGUGGGCAACGUCGAGUACUUUGGCGAGACGAUACAUUGGAAGAAAACGUUCGAGCUUCUUGAGAAAGACGCAGAGUCCGACAACACGGAGGCACUUGAGUGUACAACACACAAAGGAACACGAGUCGGCGCUGCGCUUCCGAUCUGUUGUCCGGAACAUCGAGAGUCAGUGGCUUUGGCAAAGGACGAAUGCGACCUAAAGCUCGGAUUCUGCACCAUCGUGUGCUCAGUUGAACUCUCAUGUUCUCACGAGUGCGGCCUCAUGUGUCACUGGCCUCAAGUGAACAAGCAUAACAAGAACUGCAGCGUGGAAGUUGAGUCACCGUGUAGACGCCACCCGCGCAUACUCAAGUGCUCUGCUGUGACGGGUUCGUCGAAACGUCCUAUCGAUGAGUCUCUGAAGAAGUACCAGUGUGAUAUUAGCGUGGACGUGAGUCUUCGCUGUGGUCAUCACCAAAAGAUGAAGUGCUACUCGCAUACUGAGAUUGAAGCUGGACGGUCUUCAUGGCCUGUGUGCAACAAAGAAGCCAUCAUGCCGUAUGUAUACCCUGAGUGUAAGCACAUUCUAAAGUGCACGUGCAACGAACUCGAUCGGUAUUCCAAGGGCCACGCUCCUCCAUGCACAGAGAAGGUGGAAUACACGCCCAGUUGCGAACAUACCGUGAUUCAAUUGUGCCACGAUCGCCAGGACUAUAUUAGCCAAAUGCGACGAUAUACCUGCAAGGAGAAGGUGAGAGUGUCGUUGCCUCGGUGUGGGCACGAGACGGUUGUCGCCUGUCCUGCAGCUGAGCAGUUGCAAACAUGGACUGGAGAGCCCUGCCCAACGAUGGACUUUGUCGAAGAAGGAGAGUCGUACGGCCCGAAAGAUUACUUUUGCAAGCGAACGGUAAAAUUUCAACGACGUUGUGGUCACUAUGAGAUGGUCAGAUGCGAGCGAGCGUUCGAGCUGGCUCAGAGUCCGUCACGUUGUCAGGAACAAGUUGUGGUGUCGAAUCCAGAGUGUGGCCAUGAGUGCUCUAUGACCUGUUUCGAGGAGAAGAGACUCCAUCACAAGGUCGCGCAGUAUUUAGGAAAUCCAGACGAUAUUGAACCGCUAGACACUGUGAACGAAGGCGAUUCCAGCAACUACCACAGCUAUGGACUUAAUGUUCAUUGCACCCACGAGGUGACGUAUGCUCGUGCUUGUGGUCACAAGACCAAGAUGAAGUGCAGUGAAGCUCGUCAUAUUAUUACCAGGUGCGAGGAAUUGGUGUCUGCUUCGUUACCGAUCUGUGGUCACGUGGUGCGUCUACCGUGUCAUUUAAACAAGCACUUGAAAGGAUGGCAACCAUGGCGAGCGCAGACGCCUUCGAUCCAACUUUUACACGACGACAGCGUGGUGGAGGACACGUUGCUUCUUCCUGGAGCUCGACCGACUGCUUUGAGAUCGGUGCUAAAGAACUGUACAGCUCCCGUGCGAUACCGUAGGACCACGACGUGUGGACACGAUGUCGAGAUGAAGUGCUGCGAUGCGUUUAAACUUCUGCAGGACAAGGAAACGCCAGCCCCUUGCAGUGUUCGGAUAUUGAAGCAGCUGAAGUGCGGCCACGAUGCUGCGAUGAAAUGUUCGGAUGAAGUGGACAGCGUUGUCUGCGACGAGUCUGUUGAGAAACCCUGCUGGAAUUUCACGAGCUGUGGUAGUAAAGUCACCGUACCGUGCAAAGCGUCAGCCAACGCUGUACAGUGCACGACGGAAUCGGAAUGGCAGUGUUCCCAAGGACAUUCGUUUUCGCUGCGAUUGUGCAGUAAAGGAUUUCCGUCAGACUGUCCGAGUUGCUCGAGUACACGCUUGGAUACUGUGAUCAAGGACACGCAGCGCGUCUUGAGCGAUACGAAACUCAAUCUGUGGUCGCCUGAAACAGCUCGAAUUCUUCCCGAAAUGACUGGAGUGACACAUAUUACCAUGAGUUUAUCCAGCAAACGAGAAUUUCUCAUUCGGAAGCUAAAACUUCUGGAGAGGUUCAAAACCGGCUUAAGUUCUGGGGUAGAGUGGUCUAACCCCCUCUUUUUGCCGCUAGAGAUCCCAAUGUUCGUGGUACUAAACCGAAAGCUACAAGGACAAGAGAUUGACAAGUUUGAGAUGAAGGAUUUUGGAAGCCAGCAGACUUUAAACGGAAUCGAAGUUUACGAAGCCACUCAAGAGAAUUUCGAGCGUGUUGUGAGCGGCAAAGCAUCUAUCGUCUUUGGCCAGCUUUACUCUGCAAAGUCUCUUGAGAAUCCUACUGAUAUCCCUAAAAACAAAGGGAAGAACGGGAGUAACAUCCGAACAUGGGUUAGUCGCCAGUCAUCGCACGGGUAUGAUGCGCUUUAUCGGGAUGCGAAGGCUGGUAAGAAAGGUGGCGCUUGGAUUGUUUGGCAUCCUUACGCAUUGUUCCCCGUCCAUCGAGUGGAGAUCACGGAUGCGAAUCGAGAGACUAUCAUGAGCUACCUGUCGGAGAAAAGCCAAGUUAAUCAGCAGCCUUCGAAGAUUUCUUUCAAGAAGCCGACAGGAGUCACGACCGGAGAUGAAGAGAAAACCGCUAUCAACCAGUCACCCACCGUUAUUUCGGACGAAGAUAUGGACAAGCUACGGGUGUUGGCUGCAUCGGUGAGCCCGUUGUUCGAGAAGCUGAACGUGUGGUAUCCAUGGGAUGGAAAAUCUCUAUCAACUGGAGCUGCAGAGGCGAUCCCGCUGCGCAUGGAGAAGACUCUAAUCUCAAAGUUGAAUUUUAUGCCGGUUAGUAUAUCCGACUCAACGCAGUCCAAGAAUCCAUUCGGUGGCAUCAAGUACGUACAAAAUCUACAGUCUCAAGGAAAUUUGAAAGAAGAUGGCAAUUUGUUCUUGGCGCUGGAGCUGCUCGCUGUUCGGAAGCAGGAUACCAGCGAGACACGCUCAAAACUGGAGGAAUACGUGACGCGAAUGUGCGAGACAGGUGGAUACGCUCACCCGCUCGUUAUCGUAGCUCUCGCACGCUUAGCGGUUCGCUCAAGUCAAUCACAGUCGUCAAAUGUUCAACGAAAACUUCUUCAACUGUUCUCUUCGCUGUAUACCGAAGCCAGCAGCUUGUGGUUAAAUGAAGCCGAACAGCGGCUAGUACAAACCACGAUGGGCCAAGCUGCUACAUCCGGUCCUGUCGUCUCCGGUUCAGCGUCCGUGGAAGACAAAUGGGAGAGUUUAAAGAGCCAAUAUGGCUGUCGAUCUGAAGCAAUGGAAAAGCUUCUGAAGCUGGUUGGACUAAAGAAAGUGAAACAAGCAGCGGUGAAUAUGUUCAGGAAUGCGAUGAUGUUACAGCAGCUAUCGGCGAGUCAGCGCAAGAAGAACGCGAUGUCGUUUAACUAUUGCUUCAUGGGUAAUCCUGGUACUGGAAAAACUACAGUUGCUCGCUUAUUCGCCGAGAUCUUGAAAGACUCGAGGAUUCGCAGAACCAAUAUGUUCGUGGAGUGUACCGCUCAACAGUUAAAGGACGAUGGCGCUGCUGAAUUCCGCUUGAAACUUAACAAAGCUUCGGGUGGCGUUUUAUUCAUCGACGAAGCGUACGAGCUGGACCCUGUAGGCGAUUUCAAAGGUAAACCGAUUGUGGCCGAGUUGCUGACUGCAGCUGAAGACAAGCGAGACGAUCUCUCUAUCAUUCUCGCAGGCUAUGAAGAUGAUAUCCAGAAGAAAUUGUACGCUUAUAAUGACGGUUUGCCGUCACGUUUCGAAGAAAUAAUGUUCGAAGACUUCGAUGCAAAGGAGCUGGAGGUUGUGUGGGAUGGCAUAGCGCAAGAUCGUGGCUGGGAGUACGAGAAGGCUAUCGCAAAUGUGGCUUGUAGACGCCUUGUUAGAGCAGCGGGACGCAAAGGGUUCGGGAAUGCGCGAGCUGUCCGUAAAUUAUUUGAUCAAGCAGUGAAAGAGGCCAUGGCACGCGAGGACUUUGACCGUACUCUCAAGUUUAAAACAGUGGAUUUACUGGGAGACCGGCCGUCGACGAACCCGAAGUUGCAAGCUGUACUGGACGAAGUGGAGGAGAAGACUGGAUGGCACAAAAUAAAGGAGGAAAUGAAGAAGCUGGUGCAGAUCAGUGACGAGAAUUACGAGCGUGAACUGAAAGGCCAAGAAACGGUACCGCUGUGUCUCAACCGAUUGUUCUUGGGCAAUCCUGGCACGGGCAAAACAACGUGUGCAGGAUACUAUGGACGUGUUUUGAAGGCGCUUCAUUUUUUGAGCAAUGGUGAAGUCGUAAAGAAGACAGCGGGUGAUUUUAUCGGCAGCCAUGUCGGUGAAUCGCAAACGAAGACGUCGCAGAUCUUGGACAUGGCGAAGGGUAAAGUGCUGGUGAUUGAUGAAGCCUACAACUUGAAUGACAACAUGUACGGCAAACAGGUCCUGGACGUGCUGGUUGAGAAGGUACAAGGUACAGAGAGUGACGACUUGGCUGUGCUAUUGAUCGGGUAUGAGCACGAGAUGCUGGAGAUGUUACGGACGCAGAACCCCGGUUUGAUGCGACGCUUCCCCCCACAGUAUGCCUUCCACUUUGAGGACUACACGGAGCAUGAACUGCUGGAUAUUCUGGAGUGGAAUUGCGCGAAACGCAGCGUGACGUGUCCGUAUGAAGUAGCUGAGGCUCUGCUCAAGCAGUUGGCGCUCCAGAAGACCCAGCCGAACUUUGGCAAUGCUGGUGCUGUGGAACAAUUGCUGAAACAUGCAAUGGGCAAGGCUAUGAGUCGUCCGAUGGUGAAUGGAUUGACCGUAUUAACACUGGAAGACGUUGGUGUCGAUGUAUCUGGAUAUAAAUCAAAGGAACAGAAAGACCCAAUCCAGUUGCUGGAUAAGCUGUACCGCAUGGACGAGAUCAAGGAACAGUUGGUUCAGCUUCGCAACCAAAUGAUCGUUGCAGACCGUGAAGGCUCUGGACUCCCAGAAGUUGGCCACUUUGUAUUCCGUGGCUCUCCUGGCACCGGAAAAACCACGGUUGCUCGCGUCAUGGCGGAGAUUUUGCAUGGUAUGGGUGUCUUGGCAACGACAAAACUCGUUGAAACUUCAGGAUUGGACCUCACCGCUCAACAUGUCGGACAGACAAAGCAGAAAGUGACGGAUAAACUCGGCGAAGCGAAGGGUGGACUGUUGUUUAUUGACGAAGCAUACGAGUUGGGCAAGGGAACGUACGGAGAGGAAGCCAUGACGACGUUGGUGGCUGCAAUGACGGAUCCUUCGUACGUCGGUAUGGUCAUUAUCAUAGCUGGAUACCCGAAGGAUAUGGACCAAAUGUUGGAUCGCAAUGUAGGACUGAAGAGCAGAUUCACUCGGUUUAUCGACUUUCCUGAUUGGGAGGCACAAGAUGCAGUGGUGUUCUUGAGUGAGAAGGCAGAAAGCGAGAACUUUGAAGUCGAAAGCGAGGCCGUCUUAUCACUGCAAAAAACGUUCGUGGAGCUUAAGAAACUGAGCAAUUUUGGUAAUGGGCGAGAUGCAGUUCGAGUCUGGAAGGGGCUGCAACAAUGUCGAUCUCAGCGAGUAGUGAAUGAGCCCGAAGAGGAGCGAACCAUUACGGAAAGUGACGCUGAACAAGCAGGUGAAGCCAUUCUGGCUGCACGCAGAGGUGGCGGUGUUCCAGGUAAGGGCGUAGCCGACGAAGAUCCAAUGAAGCUGCUAGACGAACUGUAUCGCAUGGACCAAAUCCGAGACCAGUUGACUCGCUUGAAGAUGGAGAUGGCAGUGGCAGAGCGGGAAGGCUCGACACGUCCCGAGAUCGGCCACUUUGUGUUCCGAGGCUCCCCUGGUACAGGAAAAACGACAGUUGCACGUGUGAUGGCACAGAUUCUGCAUGCAAUGAGUGCGUUAGGAACGACGAAGUUCGUCGAGACGUCAGGGUUGGAUCUAACUGGAGAAUGUCUAGGCCAGACGAAGACGAAGGUAACGGAGAAGCUUGUGGAGGCCAAGGGCGGUGUGCUCUUCAUCGAUGAAGCGUAUGAGCUUGGUAAGGGCAUGUAUGGCGAGGAAGCGAUGACGACGUUAGUGGCUGCAAUGACAGAUCCUUCGUAUGCGGGGAUGGUUAUCGUGAUUGCAGGAUACCCGAAGGAUAUGGACGUUAUGUUGAACCGCAACGCUGGUCUUAAAAGUCGAUUUACCCGCUUCAUUGAUUUCCCGGACUGGGAAGCGGAGGAUGGAGUGGCAUUCCUUCAAGCGAAGGCUGACAAGGAGGAUAUUACGUUGGGACACGGAGCUGACAGUGUACUGCAGCAGAUAUUCGUAGAGCUUAAGAAAUUGGAUGGAUUUGGAAAUGGUCGUGACGCAGUGAGAGUGUGGAAGGAGCUACUGCAGUGUCGAGCACAGCGCGUGUACGACGAGGUUGAGGAAGUUCGUACGAUCACAGCAGACGAUGCAGCGAAGGCAGGCGAGAUUAUCCUCGCUGCUCGGCGUCCACCAGAUGGACCAGUGCUCUCGCAAUCGUCUGUACCUAGCGACAAUUCGAUGGUUAGAACGCAAGACCAACAACCUCCUACACAGCAGACGCUGUCCGAGUUGGUUGAAUGGUUAGAACCUGAACAAGUAACGCUUGAAGAGGAAGAGCACGAAGCUCUUUCAGCUGCUGCUGAGAUGAUCGAAGUGGAUGCUGAAGAAGACCCAGACACGGAUGAAGUUGAGAAAGAGCGCAAGGUGGAACGGGACCCUGGUGUUUCGGACGAGGAUUGGGAGGAAUUGGAACGCGCCAAAGAGGCCCAUGCAGCGCAUCUGGAGGCGCUAAAACGUGCUCGUGAUGAAGCGACGAGGGAGGAAGAGAGACGGCGUGCUCAGGAAAAGUUGGAAGAAGAACGACGCCAUGCUGCAGCGAUUCAGGAGAAAAUUCGUCAGAUUUGUCCAUGCCCAGCAGGCUUCAACUGGUACAAGUCUGGCAGUGGGUGGCGUUGUGGCGGAGGCAGCCACUUCGUGUCUGAUGCACAGCUGAACAGCCAGUUUACACGUUGA